AUGAGCGCAGAAAAGGGCAAAAGUGAUGGUGGGCCGCGUCUCCUAUUGGUGGUAAAUGCUGGUACAGAAGUUCCUUCAACCUGUAGCAGUUGGCGCCUUGGUGAACGUGGGACUUCCCAGUCAGAAGCCGUGGUUGACCGGUGCUGCUGCAAGUCACAGCGACAAAAGGUUGGGGAUGUUGGAAGUUUGGGGUCUGCGCGGUUGCUGGGCCUUGAAGGGGGUGAUUGGUCAGCAGCAACUCUCUUCCUCCAUGUACUAAAACGCGUGAUUCAUCCCAACCCUAGCCCUACUCUGCCUGUUCUGGCUUGGGCGAAGGCCGACCUGAAGGAGCAACGUUCAUCAGAGCGUGAUGAAACUUGA